GGGGCUGCUGAAAAGGGACAGUGAUGCUUGCUGUGGUGUGCCCUUAUUGCUAAUGGACCUGGGAAUUUGACUGAAAAGAGGCAGGCUCCCCGGGAACAGGUCUGGGAAGAACGUUCCAUGCGCAGAGGGUUGGUGUAGGAGCAGGAGGGGAGAAGAAGAUGCCCUUGUUCUUGGGGCUUUGCUCCUGCACCUCACAGUGCUCCAGGAUUCUCAGACUGAUGUAUCAUGAUGGCAGCAAACAGGAGCCAGAAAAUGCAGAAUGGAAGUACAAAGGAGAACGUGCUGCAGAGGGUCUUGCAGCUGCCAGUGGUGAACGCAACAUGCGAAAGCCUUCAGAGGACGUACACCAGCACCAAAGAGGUACACCCACUCGUGGCAUCGGUGUGUGAGGCCUAUGAGAGAGGAGUCAAGGGGGCCAGCUCGCUGGCUGUGUGGAGCAUGGAGCCUGUGGUGCGCAGACUGGAGCCUCAGUUCACAGCUGCCAACAUCCUGGCCUGUAGGGGCUUGGAUCACCUGGAGGAGAAGAUCCCUGCCCUCCAGUACCCAGUGGAGAAAAUUGCAUCUGAACUGAAGGACUCCAUCUCCACCCCCAUUCAAAGUGCCAGGAGCACCAUUGGCAACUCCAUAGCUGGCACCUUGGACAGGGUCUUGGGGCUGACUGCUGAGGGUUAUGAGCUGACCAAGAGCACAGCAGAAUAUACCUGGAGCAGCCGGGUUAGCCAGAUGGCAGCUGCCGGGGUAGAUGGAGCCCUGGGGCAGCUAGAGAAGCUGGUGGAGUUUCUCCUGCCAGAAGAGGAGCAUGAGCCAGCUCAUGAGCCCACAAGGGUGCAUGGAUCUGAAGUGAUGCCCUCCCAGCAACAGCCUAGCAUCUUCACCAGGAUCGGUGCUUUGGCCAGCACGAUCUCCCACCGCGCCUACCAGCAGACAGCCAGAACCAUCCAGCGCACUAAAGCCAGAGGGCAGGAGCUGACCAUGUGGAUUCCAGGCUUGGGUGCUGUGGCCAAGCAGAGCACGGCCAAGGCCCAGCAGGUCCUGUGCGAUGUGCAGAAUGCAGCAGCUGGUUGGCUAAGCAAGGAGCAAAGUAAGGAGCCAGAACAGGAGCAAGAGGAGGAGGAGCUGGAGAAAGAAGAAACCAAAGCAAGUGAGAUGGCUGAGGUUGCCAAGACUCCAAGCCUCCUGGGCAGCAUGGCCCAGAACCUACAAACUGCCUAUCUCUCCACCAUCUCCAGCGUGAAGAGGGUCCCCUCUGCUGCCUGGGGGACAGCUGGGGAGCUGCUCCAACUCACCCCUCGCAAGGCAGCUUCCUUAGCCAGAGAGAAGGUGGGCACUCUGGGGGAUGCCCUACGCACUGUUACUGGGAGCAUGAUGGAGACCGUGUCCCGCUACGUGCAGCUCCCCAGGCUGCUGGCAAAGAAAGAGGAGACGCUGCAUGAGAAUGAGCCCACUCCUGAGCAACACCGAAGUCAGGAGGGCUCCAGGCCUGUGGCUUCCCCGUCCCUGGAGAAAUCCCAGCUGCGAGGAAACUGGCGAGCCAACCGAGCUCACCAUCCCCUCUCCUUCCUGGGACUGGAGGAUCCCUUCUUCCUGCAGCCGAGCUCCUUCCAGCGCCAGGCUCCACGGCGGAGCCCAACCUUCGAGCCCGACUACCCCAUGACCCGCAAAUCUGCCUUCUCCCCCUAUAGGGAGGGGCUCAGCACCAGGAGGGUGAGCAAAAAUUCAUACCGCUACAGCCCUGAGCCUGUGUACACCAGGGCUAACUAUAGCAACCUCUACACCAUGGCCUUCAAGAAGGACUGAACGGGGGCGGGGGCCAGAACUCGCUCACUCCCUGCUUCACACAUGCCAGCCUGCACCUGCUGCGCUUAGUGCCUUGUCGAGCAUCAUGCUGUUGGUUUCAGUAUUAGGACCCUCAGGAGUUAAUCUCAAAGCAGUGUUCCCUCUGUACAGCCCCAGCACAGACAAGGGGACAGGGACAGGGACUUACCUUCACCUCUGGCACCAGGGUCGCUUGCAGCUUGAGGCCAGGAGUGAAAUGAGUUUGACAGUCCCAGCUCAUUCCCUUUCCCAGCAGGCCGGGUGCGUUCAAGCCUGUUUCUGUGUGUCUGCCCGGAAUGGAGCUGGCAUGGAGACUAAGACUGACUUGAGGCCCUGCUUAGUGGGGAGGCCUGCCGUGCAGUAUCACUAUGACCAUGGGGGGAAAACAAGGGCAGGGUUGCAGUUUUGUGUCACUACCCAUCCCUCCAAGGUGACCCCACAGAGAAAGAAAUGGGAUUGUGCCCUGUUGGCUUCUUUCUGAAGAGAGGUCAGAGGGUCCUCAAUCCCGAAUUCUGCUGGUAUUUUACAGCAGGCGCUGUAUCAGGAAUGUCAGGGCUGGUCCGUGCUGGUUUUACCAGUGGAGCCGCUGGGGCUUUUGCAUUAUACUGGGAGUCUUCUCAGCCCUCAGUUGAAGGGACAAAGUGCUAAAUCCUUAGCAAAGAUGGCCUUUCUCCACAAGGUUCACUGGUCCUUGUAGUAACAUGGCUUGCCAUGUGUGUCAUUCUGGGUUGCUUUUAUUCCCCCAAACUGCCUUGUGAGGUAGAUGGAAUAAGCAGGCCAUAGUGUGGGGCGGGGGGGCCAUUUCUGGCCCCCUCUUGCCUGUGAUGGGUUGAAUGGCAGUGACACAGUAAGAGGCAGUUUCCUGAGUGGGAAGGUGAGGACUGGAAGCAGGACAAUGAAGGAAGAAGCAGCUCUACCGUGAGGGAGCAGAGGAGAGGAGGAGGGGGAAGAGGGAGCAGAGAAGAGGGAAAGGGGAGCAGGAAAGGGCAGGAGCUGGGAGGCCAUGUUGCCUAGGGCUGGGCCUUGCUCAGUAGUGCUUCUCUUGCAUGUACCCUGUGUGGGCAGCAGCUGAGACGGGGCUUGUCUUUGCACUCUAGGCUGGUGGAGCCAGGUUCUGCUGCAGACCAACCCCUCCCAUCAGACAGCAGCUUUAGAAAUGCCUGAGGGGGGAACGUGGCUUGCAUCCUCGUUCCUUCCUACCCUCACCCGCACAGGCCAACCCUGCCUCUGGCCUAGUCUUCCUCUGCAGAAGUCACUUGAGACCCAGGGGCAGAAGUCCCUGCUGGACGGCAGGAUCCAUGGGUGGGAGCUCCCCAGAACCAGGCCAUCUCCUUGGCCCUCCAUGUGGUGUUAGGGCUUUGUGGUGUCAGUAACAAGGCAUGUGUUAUGCAGGCUAUGACAUGGGGGAGCUCUUAGAGCCCCUUUCUUCCUAUCCUGUAGGAGCAGCUCAGUAUCCGGGUAGGUUCCCUGCAGGAAGGUGAGCUGCAUCCCCCGCCCAGCUGUGUGUUUCCCCAUCCCCCAAUCAGGGCAACCGGCUCUUCUAUUUACUGCAAUAAUAAACAUUCCCCACUUGU